AUGUGGCUUAACACGCUGCCAUUCCCCUUCUGUAUCUAUUUAGCCAGUUGGAUUCCUUUUAAACAGCACCGACACACAGACACAGACGGACACAGACAUCAGCAGACUAAAUUGGUGGAUGUGAAAAAUGGAAGAUCGUCGUCUGCAUCAGGAGGAUGGAGGAGUAGCUUCCUGCGAUGGGGACUUGUGAUUGGUCCAGAGGAGAUCCUUAAUGCGGAGCAGAGGUACCUGGAGACACUCUUCCCUGAUCGGAGUCCAGAAGAGAAAGAAAGACAGGAGCCUUUCCUGCGCAAGUUCACCACCUCUCCUGAAUUCGGGGACGCGUCUCGCUAUGGAAACUUCCGGUUCACUUUCUCACUGGCUGAUGUUCUGCAGAUGUACAGCACACAAUUCUGUAGAGAACAGAGGCCUGUACUUAGGGUUUAUGAGACUGUAAUCUUCAGGCAGUUGGUCAGGUAUAUUGUGCUGAUUCAUAGCCCGGAUGUUCAUGAUUACGAUGCUUACCCAGAGCUGGGUGAUAAUGAUGAGGGGGUGUGUACUUACAGGGAUGGUGAGAUCAUCUGGCAUGCUCAAGCCAUCUCUGGAACACACAGGUUCAGACUAAUUGAGAACAGAGAGGAGAGACAAGUUCAUGUAGAUGAAGUUGAUGACGAAUUCUAUGUGUGGGACCAUGUGACCCUGGCCUUUCAUAUGCCCAGGGGAAAGAUUCUACGAUUUCCACGGGAGAAUCUCAAAGGGGUCCUUUCUACAUGUCCUAAUGGAGACACAGACCUUAACAAGCUAAUUGGGAAACAGGCUGCAGACAAGAUACUGUCAGAGAUUUUGUAAACUAAUAGCUAUGCAAAGAAUCGUAAGAUUUUGUUUUAUUCUGUAGGCAGGGAUCGCCAAGGCUAUCAAUCACUCUUUAUUAUCUUAUAGUUUAAGAAUUUCAUAAAUGAUUAAUGAUGUAUCUCUAUUA